AGGACCGGUGACCUCAGGUGCGUUCCCAAAGUCCAGCACCGCCUCCUCCUCCUCCAUCCUUCUCCCUCUUCACCAGUUCUUCCUUAAUUCACUGCAUUGUGUGUGGUCAAGCAGUCUCUCUCCUCUUCCACAUAUCGGAAUAAAUCAGUUAAAUACAUAUAAAAAGGCAGUGGUGAUCUGUCAGUAAAACACUAGUGUAUGGACUGACAGACUGGGGCUCUGGAUAUCCAGGCUGUAGUUCCCACUCAGCCAUGGAGGUUCCAGUGUGACUCUGAGCCAGUCACUGACUUUCAGCUUAACCUACCUCACAGGGUUGUGAGGAUAAAAAUGGAAAAGCAGACUAUGCAAACUGCUUUGGGCUCCUUGCAAAAAGACGAAAAAAGUUGGGUAAAAAUAAGUAGCAGUGGCAAUAUAAGAAGCAGUAAUUGCACCUGCUUUGCGAACUUUGUCUUACCAACUUUUAAUAAUCAGUAAUUUUAGCUAGCUAAAGUCUUUAGGACUGUCUUGCUUGUCUAUUCUUACCCAAUUUGACAAAAUGGUUUGGGGAGGAGGGUCUUAUAGACACAGGAAGGCGAGGGCAGUAACAGCAGGGCAUGGAAACUAAUGUUUAGCAGAUGACAGUUUGCUUGGCAGAGAGAGAAACUAAAAGAGGCCUCUUUGCCUGUUAUAUUUUGUUUAGCAAGUUGUGGUUAAAAUGGCUGAGAACAUGGCCAAAUUUUAAAAAGUGUCUACCUUCAUCAGAUGGGAGAGGUUGGUGCUAUAUCUUAACAGCUGUGGCUUUGCUUUUGUAUAUGAAGCUCAGGAUCUUGGAAGUGGCAAAGAGUAUGCUUUAAAGAGAUUGUUGUCUAAUGAGGAAGAAAAGAACAAAGCCAUCAUUCAAGAAGUUUGUUUUAUGAAAAAGCUGUCUGGUCACCCAAACAUUGUCCAGUUCUGCUCAGCUGCAUCAAUAGGAAAAGAAGAAUCGGAUACUGGGCAAGGGGAGUUUCUUCUGCUGACUGAGCUGUGCAGAGGGCAGCUGGUGGAAUUUUUAACGAAAGCUGAAUCCAAAGGACCCCUCUCGUGUGAUACAGUUCUGAAGAUCUUUUACCAGACAUGCCGUGCUGUGCAACAUAUGCACAAGCAGAAGCCUCCUAUUAUUCACAGGGAUCUGAAGAUUGAAAAUAUGCUGAUGAGUAACCAAGGGACAAUUAAAUUGUGUGACUUUGGCAGUGCGACAACCGUAGCUCAUUACCCAGACUACAGCUGGUCUGCACAAAAGAGAGCAACAGUCGAAGAUGAGAUCACAAGGAACACAACACCAAUGUAUAGGACUCCUGAAAUAAUAGACUUGUAUUCAAACUUCCCAAUUGAUGAAAAACAGGAUAUAUGGGCUUUGGGUUGCAUCCUCUACUUUUUGUGCUUUAGGCAACAUCCAUUCGAAGAUGGAGCUAAGCUUCGAAUAGUUAAUGGGAAAUAUUCCAUCCCACAAAACGAUACCAGAUACACAGUGUUUCAUGACCUCAUUCGCUCUUGUUUGAAAGUGAACCCAGAAGAGAGGCUGUCCAUCACUGAGCUGGUGAACCAACUGCAGGAGAUUGCUGCUGCAAGGAAUGUGAAUCCCAAGUCCCCCGUCACAGAGCUUCUUGAGCAGAAUGGAGGCUAUGGAAAUAAUGCUCAGCCCAGGACGUCUUCAACCCUGGUGUCACAGAACUCCAAACCUUCUGGACAGCUCAACAAUAUGUAUAACGCAGGUCUGACAGUAGCAGAAUGCGACCAGCCAUACGGAGGGUUCUUCGAUAUUCUUAGGGGAGGAACGGAGAGAUUUUUCUCAAACAUCAAGGAUACCUCUUCAAAAGUUAUUCAGUCUGUGGCCAACAGCCCAAGUUAUGCAAAAGGAGAUCUGGAUAUAUCUUACAUCACUUCUAGAAUUGCUGUAAUGUCUUUUCCGGCAGAAGGUGUUGAGUCUGCCUUAAAAAAUAACAUUGAAGAUGUGCGGUUGUUCUUAGACUCAAAACAUCCCGGACGCUAUGCUGUCUACAAUCUGUCUCCGAGGACAUAUAGACCCUCCAGAUUUCACAACAGGGUGUCUGAGUGUGGCUGGCCAGCAAGGCGUUCGCCAAAUCUUCAAAACCUCUAUAGCAUUUGCAAGAACAUGCAUUUAUGGCUGAAGCAAGAUCCAAAGAAUGUUUGCAUUGUGCACUGCCUUGAUGGAAAAGCUGCAUCAGCGGUUGUUGUGUGUUCUUUUUUAUGUUUUUGCCGUCUGUUCACCACGGCCGAAGCUGCAGUUUAUAUGUUUAGCAUGAAGCGUUGUCCGCCGGGGAUUUGGCCAUCACAUAAGAGGUAUAUAGAAUACAUGUGUGACAUGAUGGCAGAAGAGCCCAUCAUCCCCCACAGCAAGCCGAUCCUUAUUAAGUCUGUCGUCAUGACUCCAGUCCCUCUUUUCAGCAAGCUUCGCAAUGGCUGCAGGCCCUUCUGUGAAGUUUAUGUCGGGGAUGAAAGAAUAGCCACUACUUCACAAGAAUAUGAUAAAUUGAAGGAUUUUAAAAUGGAAGAUGGCAAAGCAGAGAUCCCAUUAGGCAUUACAGUCCAAGGAGAUGUUCUCAUUGUCAUCUAUCAUGCCAGGUCCACCUUAGGGGGCAGACUCCAAGCCAAGAUGGCCUCAAUGAAGAUGUUCCAGAUCCAGUUUCAUACAGGAUUUGUACCCCGGAACGCCACUACUGUGAAAUUUGCAAAGUAUGAUCUGGAUGCAUGUGACAUUCAAGAGAAGUACCCUGACUUGUUCCAAGUGAAUCUGGAGGUUGAGGUGGAGCCACGGGAUAGACCUAGCACUGAGCGAGCCCCCUGGGAUAACUUGAACAUCAAAGGUCUAAAUCCCAAGAUCCUUUUCUCCAGCCGGGAGGAGCAGCAAGAGAUUCUAUCAAAAUUUGGUAAGCCUGAAUUGCCUCGGCAGCCAGGCUCCACUGCCCAGUAUGAAGCCGAAGCAUCCAAGCCGGAACCGUCUUCUGAAGGCACCCCUGCCGAGCCUGACUCUCCACCAAGCACAAGCACUGAGACAAAUUUCUUCCAUACACUGGACUGGCAAGGCCGUUCACAGUCUGUUCUGAGAAAAGCUGAAGCCUGUGACGCUGCCUCUGACCUGCCGUCAGAAGGCAAAAACUCAGAAGUCGCACCUGAGAGCCACUUUUCAAAGGAUAGUCCAGGGCUAACUGAAGAAAGGAAUGACAGUGAGCUUUCUGAAGAAGAAUUCGCUGUGUUUCCUGGAGAUGCUAGACCCUCUGAGGAAAGGGAGAAGCCAACUUCGGAAAAGGCGGAUGGCGAGCAGCUGUUUGAAGCGGACUUCGAUGCCCCCACUGCUGACUCUCAUGUGGAAGACAGUGUUGACUUGCUUGGACUGGAUUCAGAAGCCCCACCUGAACUGCUCCAGCCUCCUUCAGGGAUGAAGAGUUCCUCAAGCAACGCGGACUUGCUGAGCGACCUGUUCGUGGCCGGCGUGCCUGAGAGUACGGAAGACUCAACUGCAGACCUCCUGGGUGGAGGAGCAGACUUCUUCUUCAGUGGCCAGGCCCAGCCUGCAGCAAACUCCCAGGGAAACACUCCCGCGACAGCAGCCACCGCUUCCUCCACUGCUGAUCCAUUUGACCCGUUCACAGUCAACCCCGACAAUCCAAACCUUACCGGCCCAGAUCUUUUCGGCGACUUCCUUAGCUCAAAUGCACCAACCGUAUCUGGUAUGUUUCCUUCUGCACACAGUGCACCACCUCCUUCCUCUAGCACAGACUUCCUUAAUUUAGGAAAUCUGACACCGGACCCUCCAAAAAUUGCUUCCUCUGCCAGCCAGCCGGACCUUUUAGGAGGCUGGGACUCUUGGGCAGAUUCCGCACCACUUGGCACCACAACACCAGCAGCACCCAAGAAGGCCACUUUGGAAGGCAAAGCUUUUACAACAAGCAGCCCAGCAAGUGCUUCCUCGGGCCUUUCGUUCAGCCAAGCAAAGUUGCAGAAUUUUGACCCUUUUGCUGACCUAGCCAACCUGAGAACUGGCCUCCCAGGUGCUUCUAGUGGAGGAUUCCCAGCAGGCAGUUUUACUCCAAAAUCUGCUCCAUCCAAAAAAGCCGGAAGCCAGUGGCAGGCAAGCAAACAGCAGGCUGCUGGCACAUCAUGGCAGUCCCCAUCGCAGCCAAAAGCAGCGGAGCAAGCCAAGCCAAGUGCGCAACCAAAACCAAACUACACUGUGAAUUUCAGUGUCAUUGGAGGGCGGGAGGAAAGAGGCAUCCGCAUACCUGGCUUUGGCCAAAAACACAAAGUUUCAGAAAAUGACUUUGAGGAUCUUUUGUCGAAUCAAGGGUUUUCGGCAAAAUCUGACAAAAAGGGACCAAAGACAAUUGCUGAAAUGAGAAAGCAAGAAAUGACUAAAGAUAUGGAUCCUCUAAAACUAAAGAUUCUAGAUUGGAUUGAUGGAAAAGAGAGGAACAUAAGAGCCUUAUUGUCUACUCUUCACACUGUACUCUGGGAAGGCGAAACCAAAUGGAAACAAGUUGGCAUGGCAGACCUAGUGACCCCAGAACAAGUCAAGAAGUACUAUAGGAAGGCCGUGCUUGUUGUUCAUCCAGAUAAGGCCACGGGGCAGCCAUACGAGCAGUACGCCAAAAUGAUCUUCAUGGAGCUGAAUGAUGCAUGGUCAGAAUUUGAAAACCAAGGAUCAAAGUCGCUUUUUUAAGAUGCUCCCUUUGCCAGUGGGGUGGAUUUCAAAUGUAUUGGCAGCAAAAACAUAUCUUGAGUGCUGUUAAUGUCACCUCUGCUUGUUGAGGAGCGCGGGGGGAAAGGUUUCCCGUUUCUUGCAGACUUUGAAACCGUACACUCACAACACCAUGUGUUCUGUAGGGCGUAGAACACAAAACAUCACACAGGGGGCACUCUGGCUCCAUCAGCGCCAGAACGUUUGUGUCCUGGGAGUGGAAAGUUCCAGACCAUCUUAGACAGGGUGGACCUUCACCUACUGUUCUAAUAAUGGCGACUGGCGUGGGCAAACUUUGCUGUAGAAAAUAUCAUCCAUCCUGAGUUCUGUUUUUUUUUUUGUUUGUUUGUUUGUUUCUCCAUUUGAAAAAACACACAACCUCAGUCUGCAUUUCCAUUUCCCUCUCUGUAGUCCUUGUGACUCUUGAUUUCGUAACUUUACUUGUUUGCCUUAUUUGAAGUGCUUUAGUUAUCUUAUCAGCUGUGAGUUUGCUCAGCAUCUCUUCUUUCUUGUUUCUGUGAGAGGUGUACAUUUUCUUCUGUAUUUUAUGUAAUCAUUCCAAUAAUCACCCUGUAAAUAAUUAAACAAUUUUCUGACAACUUCUGUGUUCCGUACGCUGCAUCGACAGUUGCUUGGCCAACAUGUUCCCAUCGGAGGAAAACUUGGUCAAUGGUGAACCUGGGAUUGUGUGCGCACGCACAUGUGUGUUUAAUGUAAACAUGGAAGCAGAUUUUGGCUUAAAUUCAAGGACUGCACAGUCUUGUCUUAUUUAUUUUGAUUUUCUAGCAGGCUUCUUUGUUAAUUUUAUUCUGAAGUGUUCAUUGAAAUUGUGUGCUUUGUCUCUUUCCCUGAUUCUUCAACUUAAUGGAAUAUGUGCCUUCCAUUGGCAUGAUUGACUUGUAUAAGAGGUAAGCAGGUUGGCGUGCAUGCAGAAACUUGAAAUGGGAGCACAGUGGCUUUUAUUAUUUUGAUUUUUGUCCGAAUGAACCGAGCGAAUGUUGCAUCAUCAGCUGCUGGGUGAUGGCGUGUGUGUACUUUUGCCAGCCAUGGAGGACUUCUGCUGCUUCUGGAAGUUUGUGUGGAUCAAAAAUCAGGGUCCUGUGUUCUUGCUUGCUGUAUUCUUGGACACACUGCCUAGGCCUAAAGUAAGAAGAGAUGCACUGUUCACUCCUGUAACCCCUUAAGUUGAAUAUAAUCCUUUGCUAAAUAUUGCAGCUAUCUCUUUAUGCAACCAGCAUUGUGGCAUCUGCGUUGUGAUGGUAUCUACGUUGUGCUGGCAUCUUUCAGUGUUUUGCGUAGCUUUGCCAUCAGGUUGAUUCACUUUUGCAAGCCAUCUUGGGUUGUCUAGUCCGGUGGUACAAAUUCUUUGUUGAGAUGGAAGGUUUGCUGAGGUCAGUGAGGGGGUGUUUUUCAAGUAGCAGGUUCUGAACAAAGUUCGAUCUCUUCCACCCAUCCUGCUCCUUCAGUAAAUGGAGCAAAGAACUUGCUGUUCCGAUGGUACUCUCAGGGGGACAACUUUAUCCUUCCAAGUGGACUGGAGGGAAGCAAAAGGGGCGGUCUACUUGGUUAUAUGACUCACCUGGCUGAUGGAUGAUCCACCUCUAUAAGGAAGUCUCCAAGUCCCUGUAUGCCUGGUAAAAGCACACAAACCCAAAGAGAGAAUAUUGUCCGGUAAAAUGUACAUGCAUUUGUCAUACCGUUUUGAAACCCUUUCCUUUUUUCUCAGGAGUAAAACUGCAGGCAGCACUCCCACUCCCAUGCAGCAUCUUGUUUAAAGCUUGCAAGGCCUCUGGAAGUCUGAUCAGGUCUUGCCAAUGGGCUGCUGGAGACAGUAUAAGGCGAACCAUCAUUCUGCCUCAAAUUCACACUUACAAGCAUAGGUAGAUAAACGAAGUAGAUGACUCUGUCAGUAGAUUUCUGAUGUUGGAUUUGGAUGCAGAAAAUAAAUGGAAGGGCAGUUCACUUGUAGGAGACCUUAAAUUGCAGCAAAACAUUUGUAGCUUUUUGUGCUAAAGAUUUUAGAAUGGGCCCACAUAUAGGUCAGCUGUAGCAACUGGAAUGUUGUGGUUGCAAUAAAUGGUUGAUACAGUCUGGAACUGUUGCAAACCAUGUUACACCUCACUUUUCCCAGUUGACUUCCUUGCCCAUUUAGUUUUAACAAGAGGAACUGGUCUGAGGGCAACUGGUCUGCAGAACAGCACUGCAAUUGUAUUAAUUGCUUGUGUUCUCACCCUGCCCCCAACUUUCUUUGCAAAAAAUGCGUGUGAAGGAGGCCAAGUGAUUUCCAUAGGCAACCCAUGGCAUGAGCCAGCCAGGUUUAGAUGCUAACCAGAUACUAACUCUCUCCUGCAGCACUGCUGUGUAGAUUCUGUGCACACUCGCUUGCUCUCUUGCGCUCGCACACACAGGCAUGCACAAUCGUAGGCAUCCUGAGGUGUGAUCUGAGGAUCUGUCCCUUAAUUGUUGGAUGUACCUACACUGGUUUAAAACUGAUUUUGGAAGCACAGUUAAUCUGUGCAACCUUAACAGUGUUGAUUAUGUAGUAUUUUAAAUGCAAUCAGCAUUGCAAAUGGACCUGCCUGCUAAUGCAGUCACCACGACCAGGUGAUUUUAUGGUUGAACACUCUUAGUUGUCUUUAUGUAGGAACAAUUAGUCAAAGGCUGGCAUCUUACCUAAGAAUUCCCAACACAAUCACAGUUGGCCUACAGGUCAGAGCAGUCUUCAGCAUUUUUAAAGCCUUUGGUAGGGGACCAAUAUCUAAGUUCCUACUGUAGAUGUUGUUUUUCUCUUUUGAUGGAUGGAAUGGCAAUGGACGAGGCUGUAUAGAAAAGGACAAUAAAACACAAGCUUGCUGUUAAAAAGGCAGUGCUGUGCCAGUUUCCUUCUCCACAGUCUGUUUUGAAACCAUAUCCUGUUGUUGCCGGGUGCACCUUCCUGCCCUUGCCAACAACAGGCCACCAGACGGGUCAAGGAGAGAUCAGAAGAUGAGUUAAAUUUUACUGCACAUCAUAGGAGGGAAAGAACUUGACACAUUUUUGGUGGCAAGUCUGUACUGAAAGAGUGGGAUCACCCUCCUAUCUUUCUCCCUCUCAGAAAUAAAAUCAAUAUCCUAAACCCCAAAAAAAGAAAAAGUAUAGGAUGUGGUAGUGAUCUUAAUUCAAGGCAUGACCCAUCAGCUGAAGACUUGUUUAGCAGAACGUCCAAUAUAUUUUCACAAUGUUUUCAGCAACAGUGAGGACUAGAAACAACUCUGCACCCCCAGCCUCACCUUUCCAUAAUUCUACCUGUCCUUCAGACAGUGCCACAGAGAGCACACAGAAUAGUUUGUUCGUAUCCCAUGCAACCCAAGUGCUAAUGCACAUUCCACUGUGCAUCUGUGAGGAACUUCUAGCACAACAGCCGGCAUGUCGGGUUUCCCAAGGAAUCCAGUCCCACAAGCGCAUGUGGCUGGUGUUGCGCGGGGGUUCCCUUUUGCUUGAGUGACAGACGUUUGUGCUGACGUCGCCUCGGAUGCCAUCCUAUGAUUCUGCCCGUCCCUGCUUAGUCUACAAGUUCCAUGAAGUGGCUCUUCAAGGGAGAGCUCAAUUGCAAAUACCCUACAAAUGCAAAAGUUUACUGAUGCAUGAAAGGUAGGAGUAACUGCACAUUCCUAAUUUUUAAGGAAAAUGUACCAUUUCCAUUUUUGCAGCUUCCAGCAUAGCAUGUUAUUUUUUUUUCUAUUAUUUAUUAUCUCACUAAUGGAUGCUUAGGACCAAAUCCGGGGAGUUGCUUUGCAACCACAUCGAUUGUUCAUGUGUGACAUAAGUUAUACUGGGAAAGACAGGAUAGAAAUAUUCUAAAUAAUGUUCUCACAGCUCCCAAGAGCAACACAAGAGAAGGUCCUUGUCUAAAGGAGUUUGCAUUUCAUGAAGCAGAGGAAGAAGUGAAUUGAAAAGAGGAGGAUUGUGAGUGUGAUUGUAGACUUACAGAGUGGUCAGCUUUAAUAGUUUAGGCUCUGAGUGGCAGGACUCUUGCUUUUUAUUAACCUUUGGUCUAUUGAAUAAUUGCUGAAGAAAACAGUUUUUUAAAAGGUGUGGGGAAAAAAGGACUAGUGAAAACUUUAGUUAAAUACUAAGCAACGUCAUUCUUCUGUGACAUUCAUGGAAAAGUUCUGGUAAAAUGCAGCACAAUUUAAUCGAUUGGUUUAAAGGAUGAUUGCUUAAAACAAGUCCUUGUCUCAAGGGGUGGAUGCAGCUGUCUAGGAGGUUUCCCACAUGCACUGCCUGGUAUAAAAAUGGGGUGAGCACUGAAGAUGGGCAUCGCUGGUCGAGGAAGCCCUUUGUAUCCCUUUGGAAAGCCUGGAGAACAGCAUCACUCUGGGAGAUGGGGGCAGAUUUUAACUUUGCCUGGGGCACAUUACCCCUUCCAAUCUGGCAGCCGGUAGGUAAACUCUCACCUGCUUGCUGUGUUGUGGUUCAAGUCAACCGUCAUGGUCCAUCAAGCCUAGUGUUACUUCCUCUGACUGGCAGAGACACCCCGAGAUCUCAAGUGCACAGAAGGAGAGCCAGGCUGGAUCGGUGCUCUCUCAUCCAGCCAUCGGUUUGCACAGGGACCAGAUCCUUGUGGAAAGCCCAGAAGCAAUGAGGGCAAUGGCACCAGCAUGCUCAUGAGCCCCAGCAACUUGGCAUACAGAGUUACCUCCCCACAACAGCAGAGGUAAUACGUAGUCAGUGUAACUAGUAGCCAUGGAUAGCCUUUCUCGUCAUUAAUUUGUCUGCUCUCCCUUUUAAUACCAUCCAUCCAAACUCUGGCCAUCACCACAUCCCACUGGGAAAACCUGUCCACUUUCCAUCCACUUUGUCCACACCAUGCAUACCUUUGCACGCCUCUUUCAUGGCUUCCCACAUCACUUGCAAAUGGAGCCUUCCUAAUCACGGAUUAGAAAUGUUGGCAGCUGUUUUUUACCGAAUGCCAAUAUUGGUCCGUGUUUUUUGGUAUUAGCCACACCUGCAUUUGCUUACCAGCUGCCCUCCAGAUGUUUUGGAUUCCAACCAAACCCAACCGGCAUAACCGGCAGUGACUUUCCAGGGUUUCAGAUGACGGACUUUCCAGGCCUACUUUUGGUUGCCCGGAAUGCAACCCAGGACCUUCUGCAUGUGAAGUGGGGACUCCCCCACUGGCUUCAGCAUGAUAAUCGUGGCCUAACGAGGCAGCCCCUCCAUUGUUAGUGGGCAAGUUGCAGAGAUCAGUAGAAAUUCUGUGUAACAUUCUUCCCCUGAAAAAUGAUAACUGAUUUAUCCCUUAUAAAAACAAGUAUCCAUGGGAUACUGGCAUGAAUGCAUGCUGAUGACCCCUGGUCUAUGGUUGGAUGAGAACUCGGGCAAAGCUAUAUCUGAAACUAGUCUGAAAUCGGGUUUCUCCCACCAAAGGGCCCUCCAGUGAAUGGCUGGAAUCUGGACUGAAGGCAGAGCUCAGAGUGCAACCUUGUCUUUAUGCCUGGGCUUGGUCAGUCCAGGAGUCCCCUAGCGCAUCUUUGCCAGAGGUUGCCACUGUCCUUCAGUCCUGUAGUCUAAAGAAAAGGACUCUGGGACAUAAACAUGUGUAGCUUCUUAAGUUAGGUGACAGCUCCAUCCCGAGGCAGCUGCUGGAAGCACUGGAGCUCGUGGAACCAGUUCAACUUCCCCUGCCCUUCCAUCCGUCCGUCCUUCCUUUCUACUCCUUCACUUGCAAUUCAGAUCUCACUUUCUUCAGUCAGUAUUUUUUUAUUUUAUUUUGUUUUAGGGCUUGUAAGUAAAUUCUUCAGAAUAUCAGGGUUGAGCUGCUACUGUUCUGAAUUGCUUUGUUAUCCAGUGUAGUAAAUUCAGAGUAUGGAGCAAAGAGUAUAAGAUGCUUUAACCCACCUGUAUUAAGGCAAUAAAAAUCAAGGGUAUAUCAUUCGCUUUUGGGGAGGGGAGUCUUCUGCAUACCGAAACCCAUAUUUUGCUGCUUCUUUGCCUGUGGCAUUUUGCACACCAGGUUUCAGACUUAAACCUUCAAAGUUACUGAUGCAACUGUUUUUAUGAAGAAUGUGUUUAUUUAAACUUUUUAAACAAAAAAUCAAAAUGGGAUUUAGUGGCAUUGUGGACACUUUGAUAGUGAUUGUUUGGUGAAUGUACUGUACAUUGUCUUACAGAAUUGAAGAAUGAAUGGUGAUUUUGCUCACUCCGUGGUAUAAUGUCACAUGUUCAUGUCCUUGUUAUAAGUACUCUGUUUUGCUUUUGGGUGGAGGGUGGGCACAAGGAGAUGAAAUGGAACAGAUGGACAAAGGGAAUCCUAAAUCUUAUUUUUGUCUUCAUUAGGGGAAUUUGCUGUGUGCUGAGUAAUAAUAAAAUUAAAAUGUGUAAAUGUGUAUGUACAUACAAUGGCUGUACCUUGUAUACAAUUAUGGAUAAUCUAUUUGAAUGUUUGGCACAUCAUGUCCUGGAUCAAAAUAUUUUGCUUUGAAAAAACAACUCAGUGAUUAAAAGAAAUGAAAUGGC